GUUUUAUCAAAUCACUUGUUGAGACUUGGGAACGUGCGGUUUAGUUUGCCAUGGGUUUUUACGACGGAUAAGGGUGGACAGAAUAUUCCGUUGAAUAGUUUUUAAUUUUUCUCCAUUUUAGACUUAGAAAUUAUUUUAUGGUUUUAAUACCGGACAGUUUCAAAAUUAUUUGUUUAUGAAGAAUGUUGAUUUUUACUACUUCAAGGCAGGGUAGUAGCGGAUAGAGUACAAGCUGGGAAUUCUUUCAUUAUUUUACAGCAAGAAGUUGAAAUUGUUUCUUCCAGUCAAGAUGCUGCCAUUAUCCAGCCAAUGAAGUGAGCGGCAAGUUUUUGCGGACGACUAUUCUGCAGUUUAUACAGAAUACAAGUUUCCCUUCGAAAUGGACCAAGAUAAAGUCAUUGAAGAACUUACCGCAGAAUUGAAAAAACUGACAGAGGAGUCAAUUCGAUUGGAAAAACAAUUACAGCACUGUGAAAGAGAGUUAGCCCAACAAGACCGAGACCAAGAUGACUUCUAUGAAACGCUUCACAAAAUGCAGUUGGAGGCAGCCAGGGCGCGUAAUUAUGCCAUUCAACAAAGACUAGAUCAAGCAACGGCAGAAUAUAAUGAAAUGAGGAAGCAGCUUAAAAUCUUCUGCAAUGAGGCAGGCUUCAACAAAGGUCCAAAACCUCCAAGGCAGGAAGAAGUUGAUUAUAACUUUUGUAAAGCUAACCGUGAAGAUGAGAGGUGCAAAACACCUGAGCACGUAACCCCAUCUUACUGCAAAUUACGCCCAGAUAAAAGAUGCGAAAAAACUAUUUCUUUCUGUAAAAGAGCAUUUGAUGAUGACAGUAGAUGUCAGCUGCUUGACUAUGUAUUCUGUAAAAUAAAGCCAGAGCAUGAGAAAUGCAUCGCAGGUGAAAAUAUAACUAAAAGUUUCUGCAAACUGCGCGAACAUCCCCUAUGCAAAGCGACCGAUUCUUAUUGCAAAAGAUUCAAAGGAUAUGAUCCCAGGUGUGCAUCUGACGCACAUCUGGUCAAUCAUCUAUUUUGCAGAACCAAUAAAACUCAUCCACUGUGCAAAACACCGGAGAUAGUCACUUCCAGUUAUUGUAAAAGGCGUGAAAACGCAAAGUGCAAGAUAACAAAAUCGUAUUGUGAAAGAUUCGUCGGGUAUGAUGAAAGGUGCAAACAAGAACCAGAUGGUCCUCCCAAACCAGAUGGCCCUCCCAAACCAGAUGGUCCUCCUAAACCAGAUGGUCCUCCUAAACCAGAUGGUCCUCCUAAACCAGAUGGCCCUCCCAAACCAGAUGGUCCUCCUGAAUCGAUUUAUCCUCCCAAACUGGUUAAUCAUCAAAAAACGGUUGAUCCGGUUGAACCCGAUCGAUCUUUCAGGCGUAGCGAUGAAUUUAAGGGUCGCUAUUUUCUGGAAACAACAGAAAAUGGUUGUUCUUGCCAAGGGUGCGAAGAAAUCGAAAAUGAAAUGGCUGAAUCUUAUCAAUUACGAACAAGGACAGAAUCCGCAGAAUCCGAACAUGCUCCCUCCUCCUAUGCAGAAUCUGAACAUCUUCUCUCCUCCUAUGCAGAAUCUGAACAUUCUGACCUUUCGUACGAAGAAUCUGGAAAACCAGGGUAUCCUGCAGAGCGGAGAAGAUAUCAAAAGUUGAAUUUUGAGUUGUGUCGAAAAUAUGCAGAUCCCAGGUGUGCGUACAAUCGUGAUUGGUGGUCGCUUGACAGUUAUUGUAAAAUAGCAUACCAUCCCGACUGCAAGAAGACAGCUUCGUUUUGUGCUAAAUUCGAAAAAAAGGACGAGAGGUGUCGCGUUAUAGACCACAUAUAUUGCAAAAAUCAUAAGAACGAUCCUCGAUGCGCGUCAGCGGAAGUAACCGAUAGCUACUGCAAACGACGUGCUGACAAAAAAUGCAGAAGAACAACCUCCUAUUGCCAAAGGUUUGCAGGAGACGACGAAAGAUGUCCAAAUAUUGAUCACGAAUGGUGCGCGAAAUAUCCUGAACAUGAAAAGUGCCAAGUUAGGUAUCCUCCUACUCACAGUGGUUGCAGACUUCUUCCUAAUCAAACUGCAUGCAAGCCCACCCUUUCUUAUUGCAGGAGAUUCUUUGCAAUUGACCAAAGGUGUCGUAAAGUUAAUCACACUUACUGCCUACUCAAGCCUAGUGAUGAGCGUUGUAGGACACGAACGGAGGUGACAAAAAGUUAUUGUAGACUUCGACCCGAUUGCAGAUGCCCUUUGAACGAAUCUUACUGCAAAAAGUUUUGGUUUUUCGAUAUCAACUGUUACGUUUACCCUAAACCUCCGAAAGAGUUCCUCAAUGAACCCAGUGAGCAUAGUGAAUAUAGGAAGAAGAUUUAAGCAAAAUGAUUUUUGUACUGAAUUUUAUUUGAAACGUUAUGGGACAAAAUCCAAAUUUUUUUAAAUAAAGUAGAUAACAUUCGA